AUGAUAAAUAAUUACCAUCCGUCAUCAGAUGAGACAAAGACACCCAUGCAGAAUUAUGAGGUUGAAACCGACGAGCCGUCGUCGAAGUCGUCCCAAACUGCAGCGGUAGGGGAAUCGAUUGCAGACAGUGUUAGGAACUUCCUUGAAAUUCGCCAGGCCACCAUUCCUGACGACGCCGGGGUGGUCUUCGACAAGAUAUCAGCAGUCGGAAGCGGAACCGGAUCGCAAGAUGCACCCACCGUCACGUCGGCAGCCCAGUCGGCCUUUGGGCUGUUGAGUCCUCUGCAAAACAGACAAAGGAAGCAAUAUUCUCGACCCAUCCUCAGCGGAUUCUCAGGCACUAUCAACCCCGGAGAAAUGUUAUUGGUAUUAGGUAGGCCGGGGAGUGGGUGUACAACUUUCCUGAAGACGCUGUCGGGCCUGUGGGAUGAAUACAAAGAGAUCCAGGGAGAACUCACUCUCGGUGGUCAUCCGCUACUAGAUGUGAUGAAGCAGCGGCCCCAAGAUAUUCUCUUUUGUGCCGAGUCUGAUGACCACUUUCCUACCUUGACCGUGGCAGAGACCCUGCGCUUUGCGACUAGAGCACGUUCUGGUCCCCAAGUCUCGGUCCGGGAAGUUGACAUGAUGGUGGUGAAGCUGGUUAAGCUAGUUGGUCUGGAAAAUGUCCUGAACACCAAGGUGGGAGAUGCGAAGAUUAGAGGAGUCAGUGGCGGAGAGCGACGGCGGGUGUCUUUGGCCGAGGCCCUGGCCACAUGUGCCCGCCUAAUCUGCCUGGAUAAUCCAACCCAUGGACUUGAUUCAUCGACGGCGGUCGAAUUCAUGGAGAUGAUGCGCGAGUGGACGACACAAACUCGAUGUGUCGCUGCGAUGAGUGUGUAUCAAGCAAGUGAUGCGAUUGUCUCCUACUUUGACAAAGUCUUAGUGAUCAAUUCUGGCCGUCAGAUCUACUACGGCCCAGUCCAGGAUGCAAAGGCAUAUUUUGAGGAUCUCGGGUUUGAGUGCUUAUCAACCACCACCAUUACCGACUUCCUCAAUGUGAUGUCCGCUGAUCCAGACGUGCGACGAGCCCAGGAAAAUAGGGAGAACCAGGUCCCACGAACAGCGGAGGAGUUUGAGCGUGCGUUUAGUGCGAGUCCCAUCUACCAGGAAAUGCAAAAGUCUGUGCGAGUGGCUAAGGAGCAAUCCCGAGCCCACCCCAAUCCCCUCGUGAAGACAUCGGCAUUUGCUCUACCCAUCUGGUAUCAGAUCUGGUACUGCGCAGCCCGCCAAUUUCGUAUCGUCACUAGUGAUUACAGCUUGUGGGCGGUGGAGCUCGCCACUAUAGUCGUCCAAAGUCUGGUUUUGGGUACGUUGUUCCGAAACCAGAAGCGGACGACUAAUUCCCUGUUCAUUUUUGCAUCUGCCUUAUUCUACUCGGUCCUAGUCCCGGCUCUGCAGUCUAUGGCUGAAUUUGGUAACGGAUUUGCUCAGCGACCGCUCAUCCUAAAGCAGAAACGAUACCAGAUAUCUCGACCGAUUGCCUAUGCGCUCGGCUUGAUUACCACGGAUGUUGUGUGGAAGGUGGCAGCCAUCUGCUAUAAUAUUCCCUUAUAUUUCUUGACGGGCUUCCAACGUACGGCUGGCAAUUUCUUCACUUGGUUCCUGAUUAUCUACAUAGAGCAUCUUACCCUGUCGAUGUUCUUCCGCUCGGUGGCGAUCUUCUCUCCCAAUAUGCAUCGAGCUGUUCUCCCGGUGGGGAUUUUCUUCAAUAUGUAUGUCCUCUACACGGGGCUCUACGUGCCCCCACCACAGAUGCAACCGUUAUAUUAUGCAUUUGAAUCGGUGAUGGUGAACGAAUUUAGAGACCUAAGCUAUCAGUGCAGUGCCUCAGAUUUGGUCCCAUCGGGGCUAGGAUAUACCGACAUGGCCCAUCAGGUCUGUGCGGUAGUGGGAUCGCAACCUGGAGAUCGUCUCCUGUCCGGGGCGUCGUACAUUCAUGCUCAGUACGGAUUUAAACCCUCCCACCUCUGGCGGAAUGUAGGGAUUAACGCGGCCCUAUUCGUCUUCUUUGCCCUUUGCUCUGGGAUCGGGAUGGAAAUGCUGAAAACACCCGCGGGUCAAUUAGCUACCGUGUUCUACAGGAAAGGCCCACGAGUACACCGACGUGAUAAAAUCGAUAGCGAAACAGGAUCGGACCGCGGAAAUGAAAGUUUGGAGACAUCGGCUGGCCAAAGCAAUGACUUGCAUCAAUUACAAGAACAUCAGUAUCCUGACAAGAGCCACAAUCUUACAUGGACCAAUCUCUGUCUUGACAUUAAAGGUAAGGAAGGCGAUCAACGUCUGCUAAGCAAUCUGAGUGGUUUGGUCAAGAGUGGACAACUCAAGGCUCUGAUGGGUGUCUCGGGGGCCGGGAAGACUACCCUCCUGAACGCACUCGCCGGUCGUUCCACUAUCGGGAAUCUCACAGGAACACUAGCACUGAACGGCCGAGUGCUUCCCACCUUCUUCCGAAGUAGAAUGGGAUACGUGCAACAGCAGGAUAUUCAUCUUCCCACUCAAACAGUGCGCGAGGCAUUGCAAAUGACGGCACGACUUCGACGCCCAGAGUCCAUCACUGUGGCAGACAAGAAUGCUUACGUUGAGAAGGUGAUUCAAUGGCUGGGUAUGGAACAUAUCGCAGAUGCCCUGGUUGGUGUUCCAGGGGCGGGACUCAACCUCGAACAGCGGAAGAAAGUUAGUAUUGGCGUGGAGAUGGCGUCGAAACCAGAAAUCCUCUUCCUAGAUGAACCAACCUCGGGUCUCGAUGGUCAAUCCGCCAUGUUGAUCGCUCGCUUACUUCGUCGUCUUGCGGACUCGGGCCAAGCCAUCCUGUGCACGAUCCAUCAACCGGCAGCCGAGCUCAUCGACCAGUUUGACGAGUUGUAUCUGCUAAGCCGCGGAGGGAAUUUGGUCUAUGACGGUCCUCUGGGAACACGCUGUCAGGAGGCAAUCCAGUAUUUUCGCCCACGGAGUCGCCCCUGCAGCCCAGAGGAGAACCCGGCAGAGUAUUUCCUGGCGGUUAUUGGGGCUGGAUCUCGCAAUGACGCCCAUAUGGAUUGGGCUGGUCUCUGGCGUAACAGCCAACUGACCAAGGAGCAAGAGAAAACAGAACAAAGCUUAAUCCCCGCCGCUGGGUACGCACCGCAGCUAGAGCAACAGUCGAUGUACUCAGUACCGUUCCAUGUGCAACUGUGGGUGGUUGUUCAACGAACGUGGUUGUAUUAUUGGAGAGAGCCGGAUUAUGUCACGUCGAAGCUCUGGAUGAGCGUUGGAAAUUCCCUCCUUAACUCUCUAACGUACCUACAGUCCCCAAACACCGAGCGAGGGGCGUACAAUAGGGUCUUUUCUGCCUUCAUGUCACUCAUCGUAGGCCCCCCACUAGGACUGCAGGUGCAGCCACGCUUUGUGACCUUGCGGGAUAUUUUUGUCCACCGGGAGCGAGAGAGUUUGACCUACCAUUGGAUGGCGUUUGUCUUAUCCUCAUUUAUCGUGGAAUUACCCUUUACAUUUCUCAGUUCGUUGGUCUAUUGGCUGCUGUGGUACUUCCCCGUUGGCUAUUUCACCACCCCCUCGCGCGCAGGGUAUAGCUUUCUUAUGUACGAGCUCUUUGGGGUAUUCGCCACCAGUCUGGCUCAGCUGUGCGCAUCUCUGAUGCCCAGCAUCGAGGCAGCUUUUGCCGCCAAUGGAUUCUUCUUCAUGUUCUGCAAUACCUUCGCGGGGACUCUUUCGCCAAAGCCAGUGACCCCCUCGGGUUGGCAUUGGUUUUACAAUAUCUCCCCCUCUUCUACCUGGGGGUCGGAGGUUUCAAUCUUCUACGCGGUAAAUGGCACAAGCUGUGGGCAGUAUGCUCAGGAUUUUCUGAAAACCGCGACGGGAUAUCUGCUCAAUCCAGAAAGCACGAUGGAGUGUCAAUAUUGCCGGUAUCGCGACGGACAAUCAUACUUUCAACAAUAUGGUUAUGAAUUUGCUCAUCGGCAUCGCAAUAUCGGCGUUUUCAUCUGCUUUAUUGCGUUCAAUUUCACCAUGGUUCUGGUGAUGACCUAUCUCACCAAAACGCGCCGUCAUUGA